AUGUCGAACCAAGAAGCAUUUUGCUACACCGUGGUUUACGAGGACAGCUCGGAAUCUCCAUCAACUCAGGACUUGCGGACCGCGCUUCAGAAGGGCACGGACGAUGUCAAGCUCGACACGUUGCGUAAGAUCAUAGUCUCUACGAUUAAUGGAAAUCCUCAGCCGACAUUGCUCAUGCCUAUAAUUCAAUACAUCAUGCCUUCGCGGAACAAGCAACUCAAGAAACUCUUGCACUUCUACUGGGAAGUGUGUCCAAAGUAUGACGAUAACGGAAAGCUGAAGCAGGAAAUGAUCCUAGUCGUGAAUGCCAUUCGAAAUGACUUGCAACAUCCUAACGAGUACAUCCGCGGUGCGACUCUCCGAUUCCUCCAGAAGAUCUCGAAGGAUCAGGAACUCCUCGAACCUCUCAUUCCACUCUGCCGCUCAUGUCUCGAGCAUCGACACUCUUAUGUUCGCAAGAACGCGGUCUUCGCGGUCUACACAAUUUACCGCGAGUUUGAGCACCUUAUUCCUGACGCGCCAGAACUCAUGCAAACUUUCCUCGCCGCCGAGUCUGACGCGACAUGCAAGCGCAAUGCGUUUGUGUUCUUGGCCAACUGCGCAAUGCCGAAGGCUGUGGAGUACGUCUUGCAAGUGUACGAUCAGAUUGGAAGCCUCGACGAGCUGCUGCAGAUGGCCAUUAUUGACGUUGUGAGAUUGGAUUGCAAAGCAGACUCGGCGCAUAGAGCAAGAUGGAUUCGCUGUAUCUUUGAACUCCUCAACUCGUCAUCAUAUGCGGUCAAGUAUGAGGCCGCCACCACUUUGACCAGUCUGACGCAAAAUGCUGCCGCUGUCAAAGCUGCUGCCUCUACACUAAUCAACAUUGUCGUUAAAGAGUCGGACAACAAUGUCAAGCUCAUCGUUCUAGAUCGACUAGAUGUUCUUCGAUCAAAGCAUGGGCAUGUCCUCGAUGGCCUCAUCAUGGACGUUCUACAGGUCCUGUCAAGUGCUGAUAUUGAAGUUCGUCGGAAAGCCAUCAGCAUUGCUCUCAGCAUGACUUCGAGUCGUAAUGUCGAGGAUGUCGUCAUGUUUCUCAAGAAGCAGCUUCAGAAGACUCAGGAUCAGGAAUUCGAUAAGGCACCAGAGUACCGCCAACUCCUUAUUCAGUCUAUUCAUGUUUGCGCAGUCAAAUUCUCGGAAGUUGCAGCUAGUGUUGUGCACGCUCUCAUGGAGUUCCUGGGUGACUCUAAUAAUCCUUCGGCACUGGAUGUUGUCGCAUUUGUUCGAGAGGUCGUGGAGAAAUUCCCCGCGCUUCGCUCGUCCAUCACGGAACAUCUCAUCCAAACACUGUCCGAUGUGAAGUCCGGAAAAGUGUUCCGUGGCGUCCUUUGGAUCCUUGGUGAAUACGUCGAGAACGCUCCAGAGAUUCUUGAAGCGUUCCAAGAAGUACGCAAGGUCAUUGGCGAGGUCCCCAUUCUGGCGUCAGAACAGCGACUGCUGGACGCUACGAAUCCAGAACAGGAAGAGACAAAGGACGAGGUGGGCAAGAAGGAGGCAGCAUCCUCUGGUGGGCGGCCGAAGGUCCUCGCAGAUGGAACGUAUGCCACAGAGACAGCCUAUACCAGCCUGUCUGCCUCGCGAUUGGAAGCUGUCAAGUCGGCUGCCAAGCCCCCAUUGCGGACGCUCAUCCUCGGUGGAGAUUUCUUCACAGGCUCUGUGCUGUCCUCAGCAUUGACAAAGCUGGUCUUGCGGUUCUCCGAGAUUUCGGGAAACAACCGCAAAUCGAACGCUCUUCGCGCAGAGGCAAUGCUCAUAAUGACCUCCAUCAUUCGGGUCGGGCAGUCGAAAUUUGUGACUGUGCCUAUCGACGAGGACUCCAAUGAGCGCAUCUUAAACUGCAUACAGACCUUGAGUGGCCUGGAGAGCAAGUCGACUAUGAACGAAAUCUUCCUCACAGACACCAAGGCGGCAUACUCUAAAAUGGUCGCGGCACAAGAGAAAAAGGCAGCGGAGAAGAGAGAACUAGAAGCCACGAAGGAGAGCUCUAUUCAGGUCGACGAUCUGCUGACAUUCCGCCAGUUCUCAAAGAAGGCUGCAGACGACGUGAUAGAUUACGACGAAGAUGUGGGUCGUGCAACAGGUGCUGGCGAAGUACAUGAGGAUUUCAUUUCAAACCUUAGUCGCAUCUCCCAGCUCACAGGGUUUUCGGACCCAAUUUAUGCGGAAGCAUAUGUCAAGGUUCAUGGUUUCGAUAUCAUGCUUGACGUGCUCCUUGUCAAUCAAACUGCCGACACUCUCCAAAAUCUUUGCUUGGACUUUGCUACGCUUGGUGAUUUGAAGCUAGUUGAGAGGCCAUCUGUGCACACCAUCGCACCUCAUGGCUUCCAGAGUAUCAAGGCGACUAUCAAAGUUUCAUCAACAGAGACAGGCGUCAUCUUCGGUAGCAUACUAUGGGAAGGACCAAACCUUUCCGAGCAGGCGGUGAUCCUCAACGACAUUCAUAUCGAUAUUAUGGAUUACAUCAAGCCUGCUCAUUGUACUGAGGCUCAGUUUCGUAGCAUGUGGACAGAGUUCGAAUGGGAAAACCGAGUGAACGUGUCCACCACUAUGUCGGAUCCUCGGGAUUAUCUCAAGCACAUCAUGAGCUCGACAAACAUGUCGUGCUUGACACCUGAUGGUGCGAUGUCGGGCGACUCCGAUUUUUUGUCGGCCAACUUGUAUGCCCGAAGCCUUUUCGGCGAGGAUGCUCUUGCGAAUCUGAGCAUUGAACGGACCGAGGCUGGCACUAUCACCGGCCAUGUGCGUAUACGCAGCAAGACUCAGGGUAUAGCACUAUCGCUUGGUGACCGGAUCACUAUGGGUAUGGAGUUUGUCCCAAGCAUUCGUUAG